GCGCCGCUGGGCCCGAGCAUGCCCGGCCCGCGCGCGCGCGGCGAGCAGCCGCGGCUCCACCCUGGGGCCCGGUUCCGCGAUGGACGCUGGGAAACCCGCGCCGCCCCCCGGGGAACCGUUCUGCGAGGCCCGCGUGGCGUACUCCACGGCGGAGUUCCCCUUCCUGGCGGCCUGGCGCCCGGGCUCCUCGGGGCCCUGCUGCCCCGCGCUGGCGUGAGCGCCCCGCUGGAGCGCCUGCACGACACCUGCGGCGGCAGCGCCGCGCUGCGGCGGCGGCUCACCACGCAGAGGCUGCGGCUGCGCCACGGCGCGGCCUUCGACGCGCUGUGGUGCCGCUUCGUGCAGCGCGUGCUGCUGCCCCACCUCGGGGAGGAGUGGGUCCUGUUCGAGCGGUCGCCGAACCUGCGGCUCCACUUCGCGCGCCAGAAGGCUCCCGUGUCCGCACACUGCGACUCGGAGCACUUCCACUCGCCCUUCGAGAUCAACUUCUGGGUGCCGCUCGUGGACAUCUUGGAUGGCAGCGAGAGCCUGUGGGCCGAGUCCGCCCCGGGGGCCGGCGACUUCCGCCCCUUCGUGGCGCCGUACGGCGAGGCCGUGCGCUUCUACGGCAACAAGGCCACCCACUUCACGGUGCCAGUCGGGCGGCGGGUGGACGGCCUGCAGUUCCUGACCGCGGGCCCGCAGCGCUUCACCGUCUUCGGCUACUACGGCGUCGUGUGCGCCGCCGGCGAG